GUACAUUAAAGCACCAAUACUAUACAGCAUAGUAGAAGGGUUCCAGAUCAUAUAUCUACAAUGGAGUACAUUACUUUUAAAAGAAUUUUAAACAACAGUAGCAAAACAAAGCGCAAAAGGGCGGAUCCAGUCAAUAAUCUUGUGGCCAAUAACUAUGCAUAACCCAAUUAGAAUUCGUCACAUUAGUGCCCCUUCUCUCUCCUGAAAAGCCUUUAAUUUCUCUCUAAUCUUUAACAGACGAUUUCUCACUCGUUUUAAGUCGAAAUUUAAUUUUUUGCAUUGUUAGAUCAGAUUAAUUGUGCUCUUAAAAAUGAUAUUCACUUUGAUAUAUUUUGAAACUAAAAAAAUUGAGCCAUUUUUUACCAGUCUAUACCAUAUGGUAUUGACUGGUAUUGAAAUAAGAGCAUACCCAAUGCAGUCAAAAGCGCGAUUCUACCUAGAAGCAGAAAAUGGGUAAAAUCGUAAACCGUAGAAUCAAAUCGUAAAAACGUAAGUUUUUUACGCAUACUAUAAAAUAACGAAAAAUGUGUUAUGUACGACAUAUACUAUGUAAAAUAUGAGUGCACAUAGUUUAGAUAAGUUAAUAAAUACCUGUAAUUCAUGUCUAAACUCAUAACAUUUUAACAAUAAGUUCAUAAACAUAUAUCUUAACCAUAAGCUACCUUCCCCUCUAAGCUAGUGAUUUUGGGAAGCGCCUAAUUGGUGAAUUAGAUUACUCUGUUGAAACUAAGAAUGCAUCCAAGUACUUGAUAAGUAUCUUUUAAUCUUAAAUAUAUCAUAUUUUUGUGAUUUACCUGUAAAAUAUAAGUAUUUUCGUGAAUAGAAUACUCCUUUAGUGAACUAGAAGCGUAAAGCGUUCUCGUGAACCAGAAGCGUAAAAGCGUAAGCUUUUAAGAUUUAAAGCGCAUUUUAGUCCCGAUUUUAUACACUUGAGAUUUUAUAUGGAAACGAAAGUGUUUUAGUGUUCUAGAAGCGUAAAACCGUUAGUUUUUAAAUUUUAAAGCGCGAUUUUGACUGCAUUGAGCAUACCUAUGGUAUGAACAAACCAAGACUGUAGAAUGAUUGAACACAUGAUAGUAGAAGUAUAUUAACUGUUAUUUACGACUUUUAACAUUGUGUACCACAAUAUACCAUCCCAUACCAGGGUGGUAUUGUGUGGUAUUUUUUGGUCAUGUAUUUUGUUCACCUAGAAAUUUAUAGGUCCAAUAGAUCAUGAUGAACUCGUCCAUUCUGUGCAAAAAUUUUCAAAAACAAAUUUAAAACGAAGAAGAUACCAUAUGGUAUGUAGUUGGUACCGAGAGACAAUAAAAAAUCUCAAAAAAUAUUGAAAAUGGAUCUCAUUUUGUAGAGCACAACGAACUCGUUCCAUCUGUGCAAAAAAAAAAAAUUGAAAUCCAAGUUAAAACGAAUAAGAUAUGAGCCGAUUAAAAAAACAAUGGAAAAAUAAAAACACCUUUAAUGCUCCACCCUUAGAUCUGGAUUUUUUGAAUAAAGGGUCCAUAUUUAGUUACUAAUGGGUGCAUAACACAUGGUUAUGCACUGUAUCUUGAGUCGUGCUAACUAGCAUAAGAACCAUUAGAUUAAAAAUUAAUAAUGGGGCUAGAAUUAAAAGGACAAUUUAGUAACUACCCCAUCAAACCCUAAUAUAAAUAGCUUUCUUCUACCAAUUCCUUCCCAGUUGGUCGCCCACCUCUCCUAUUGUCUCUCUCUCCCUCACAAAAAUCCAGCCCCAUCUUCUUCUCUCUCUAAAGAAACACUCAUCUUCGUCGAUUCCCCUUCCCGUUCGACUAUGCCUGCGUCCACCUUAGUCGUGUCGGCCUCAGCGUCGGCAUCACCAUCGCCUUCGCCCGCAACAGACUUGCCAUCACUUGCAACCGCCUCGUACGCAACCGCGUCGUCGUCACUCGCAAGCGCCUCUACUUCGCCAUACACUGCUCUCAACUCUAGUCGUUUCACCAAUGUUGCCGCUUUGAUUAAACCGCAACACUUGCGGCCGAAGAGGAGGCGGGUAAACGUAUGAUGUCGGAAGAGGAGACAAAUCCAGAUAUGGGGAGAGGUUGUCGUUCGAUGGAGAGAUAAGAGCCUACGCCGCCCUUUUGUUGGUCUUGCCUCUGUUGGCUUCCCACCACCAGUGUCGUCAAUCGCUCACAGAAGCAUCUGCAAAGGGAAAACGAGAAUUUUGCCAGAUCUAUAUUAUUAGGUGAUUAGUUGUUAUUUGGGUUAGUAGUAAUUUUGGAGUAUUGAUUUUCAUAUGUAUUCAUAGUAAUUUUUAUUGUAAUUAGUAGUUGAGUAGUGACAUUUGUAAAGUAUUAGUAGUGUUUUGUAUAUUAGUAGUUACAUUUGUUCUUUAUAGUACUUUAUUUCAUUCAUAGUGGCGUUUUUCAAAAAUCAUCAACUUCUACUGAUUAAAAAAUGCUACUAAUAAGUAAUAACAAUAAAAUCACUACGGACUAUCACAAAAUCACUACAACUCUUUAGUCAAAUAACUACUAAUUUGACUAGUAGUAAUUUUUCAGUAGUAUUUUUUGCACGUUAAAGUUCUCUGUGAAGAUGGAGAGAGAAAAUUAAUAUUAAAAUUUAAUUUAUUUAUUAAACUUAAUUUUUCCAAAAUACCAAACAAGCCCUUCACUACUUCUAACCGUCAGAUGUAACUUAAAAGUAAUGGACGGUGAUAAGAGUGGUUAGCAUGGUCUCUAACUCCUCCCACAAAAGGGCACUUCGACAUUUAACCGUUAACCAUAGUACAUACACGGAGUUUGAACCCCCGACAAGAUUGAAAUACAACCAAUAAUUGAGCGUAUAACAUGGUGGCUUAAUGAAAUAAACCCCAAGGUGUAAAUUAUGGCCAAAGGAUGUCAAGUAAUCUGCAAAUACGCUGCCUUUACAAAAAAUAUGAGAGAUGAGGACUUCCUAGAAUAAGUUUAGGAGUCCUCUAUGACAUGAAACCCAAGGGGUAAACUAUGUCCAAUGGAUGCCAAGUAAUCCGCAAAUAUGCCGCCUUCUCGGAAAACAUAAGAGAUGAUGACGUUGCUUGUCUAGAGGAGCUGAAUUGUUGUACUACAAUUAGUUUGCAAUUCAACUUUCAUUAACCCGCUUCCCAAGCUAUACAUGGCCCCGCCAACUCCGCAUGGGCAAUAGAACCUCCCCUACAUUCAUCGCGAGCACCCUUAUUAAUCUCUCUUCAACAGUUCUUAAGACGCCAUCCCUGAGGAGCUCCCUUGCACCAACUCCAUUUUCGAUUCAUCCAUGUUUAGUCCAACCCAUCUUUGCGACGGUGCCCUCCAGCAUAUCAACUCUUGAUGACACUUUAUUUAUAGUGUUUGUCACUCUCAUUCUUGAUACAUUUUCCCCUUAUAUCAAAGCAUCUUUAGUCCUUUCUCUAGUAUUUAUGAUCUAAAUCACAACUAUUUGAUCAAUGAGCUCUAAAUAGACAUAGGUUAUGUUUUUGUACUCACUGAUGCCUUCUUAAUAUGUUUAUUAUGGUUUUGAAGGUACUAAUAAGCCUAAGGAAGUCUUGAUCAAGCAUUGAAGAACUCUGGAAGACCAAAGGAGCUAUAAAGAGAAGAAUAUUGAGCUUUCGUGAUAAAGAUGAGGCCUAAUGACGGAGAAGUCAACUAGAAGUCGUAACAUAAGCCCAAGACGAGCCCAAUAAAGGAAGACUUGGCCCAAACUAAAGAAGAAACUGACGAUGGCCCAACAUCGGGUCCAACCGCCACUAUAGAAGACUUGGUCAAGACAGACACAUCCAAAUCAUAAGGAGAGGUCAUCCAUAAUCCAAGGAGCCCAACCUACGAAGAAAAAGGAUGACGAUCCCAACUGCCGCUCAAGCCCUAAUCUUCUAGAAGUAUUGUUCAAGAAGUCUCACUUGCUUGAAUGUCGGGGCUAUCACUUUCGUCGGAUGGCAUUACCGAUAAAGAUCCAUCUAUUGG